AUGUCGUGCGCCGAGCCAGGAGGGCCAGGGAUGAUCCUGAUGAGGAGAGCAUUCCACGGACAAACUACCCCAAGAAAAUGGCCAAACCACAACUUUGACAAAUGUCACAGGGCUGGCAGCGAUGACAUCAAGUGUACCUACUGCCCAGAUGACUGCACGGAUGAGUCCAAAGACAUCAUGGUGGCGUACGACUGGACCAAGUGCACGGGGAUGGUUAACUGCACCACCUAUGUGAUGCAGGCGUCAAUGCCUAACUGUCAAAAUACAUACAGCGACUAUCUCCAUUUGGAGUACAUGUGCAUACCAAGGACAUCAGUGUUCGACAUAUGUGCAAACGAUGAAAAAUGGGUAACAGAAGGGUACAUUCGCACCCCAAACUAUCCCAACCACUAUGGGCCAUCACAUGCAUGCAAAUGCACCCUAGAGGCAACAUGGGGGGACAGCGGGGUGGAACUGGAAAUAUACGAACUCCUACUGGAGAGAGAUGCAGAUGGAGAGUGCACAGACUGGAUGAUGGUCAAGAAUGGCGAUGAGAAAGAGAGAAAAUGUGGCCAGAUUUUUAAUACAACAAUCAGAGUUCCCAGUCGUAUGGCAGAGAUUUAUUUCUACUCUGACUCCAACGAUGUCAGCACUCAAGUAUUCCAAUACUUCACCAGAACACUGAAAGGAUUCUGGCUCCAUUUCAGAUUUGUGGGGUCUAACAUCAAAGUCAGCUGUGGUCAACUCAAGACAAAUGACCCUACACUGAUGGAGAUGACCAUCCCUCCAAUGACAUCAGAGAGCCCGGGUAACAGCACACAGGCUGAUGAAAAAGUCGCAAAAAAUAGACAAGACAGAAACAAUAACACUGCGUAUGGUUCAGAAAAACCUGGACACAAAGACAACCAAGAAAAGAAAUCAGUUCCUAAGAGUGAAGAAAAUGAAGCAACUUCCAAGAGAAAAGCUGCAAACACAGCCUACCCACUCCAUGGCAGUUCCAUUGUUUCCAUGUGUACAAUUUUUUUUCUUAUUUAUUAUCUGGAGCAAUAAC